UUUAUGGGGCCAAGCACUGCCUUGACUAAACCCUCUUCCCUGCUUCGACGCCCUCUCUCCGCCAUCUCUCUCUCUCUCUCUCUCUCUCUUUCUUUCUCUCUCUAUGCAGCCCUGAGUUUGACCGGUUUACGAACCGUCAACCUAUCGCCGGUACGAAUCAAGGGUUCGAUCUGUUUUCUGUUCAUACUUCUUCAACCUUGUCUUUGUUUGCACACUCUUUCUUUUGCUUCUCUUUGCUUUCUAAUUCAGCCUUUCGUAUAAAAUCUUGAUCCCAAUCAUUCCAUUUCAUCUUCAAAUUUAGGUACCUGGUACAUCAGAGAGGCUUUCCUGAGUUUGCUUGAGUUUUUGUUUUUUUUUCUUCUAGAUUUGCUCAGAUUGUGUUGUCAAUUCUCGGUCAGAUUCAGGGUUGCGUGAUUCGUCGUGUUUGCGUUAGCUGUCUUUUUCGCUGUUUGAGAAAUGGUGGGUUCAGACAGUUCAACUGCUUUUCACCCGGCACCUCAGCCGGCGAGUAAUUAUGGUGUUACGAAACCGAUUUCUCUUGCUGGACCGACGGAUGCUGAUAUUCAGCGCAAUAUCGAACUGGAGAAGUUCUUGAUUGACUCGGGGCUUUACGAAAGUAAAGAAGAAGCUGCGAAAAGAGAAGAGGUUUUGGGCCGCAUUGACCAGAUUGUUAAAAAUUGGGUCAAGCAAUUAACUCUCCUAAGAGGAUAUACAGAGCAGAUGGUGGAGGAUGCAAAUGCAGUAAUUUUUACUUUUGGGUCUUAUCGUCUUGGGGUACAUGGACCAGGAAGUGACAUAGACACAUUGUGUGUUGGACCAUCUUACGUGAAUAGAGAAGACUUCUUCAUCAUCUUGCAUAAUAUUUUAGCUGAAAUGGAAGAGGUUACUGAUCUUCAACCGGUUCCCGAUGCUCAUGUUCCAGUAAUGAGAUUCAAAUUUAUGGGGAUAUCAAUUGAUCUUCUGUAUGCGAGCAUUUCCGUACGGGUUGUUCCUGAAGAGCUGAACAUCUCUCAUGGAUCUGUGCUGUGCAAUGUUGAUGAACAAACUGUUCGAAGUCUUAAUGGAUGCCGAGUUGCAGAUCAAAUUCUAAGACUUGUUCCAAACGUUGAGCACUUUCGCACGACACUCAGAUGUUUAAAGUUUUGGGCCAAAAGACGGGGUGUAUACUCCAAUGUCACUGGGUUCCUUGGAGGUGUAAAUUGGGCACUUUUGGUUGCUCAGGUAUGCCAGCUUUACCCCAAUGCAAUUCCAAGCAUGCUAGUUUCUCGUUUCUUCAGAGUGUACACCCAGUGGCGUUGGCCAAAUCCUGUAAUGCUAUGUUCAAUAGAAGAGAAUGAACUUGGAUUUCCUGUUUGGGAUCCUCGUAAAAAUCCGCGUGAUCGAUUUCAUCUUAUGCCAAUAAUAACUCCUGCUUACCCUUGCAUGAACUCUAGCUAUAAUGUCUCAACUAGUACUCUCCGUGUUAUGAUGGAACAGUUCCGCUGUGGUAAUAAUAUCUGUGAGGAGAUUGACAUGAGCAAAGCCCAGUGGAGUGCUUUAUUUGAGCCAUAUUUAUUUUUCGAGAUAUACAAAAACUAUCUACAGGUGGACAUAAUUGCAGCAGAUGCUGAUGAUUUGCUAGCUUGGAAAGGAUGGGUAGAAUCUCGCUUUAGACAGCUUACCUUGAAGAUAGAGAGAGACACCAGGGGGAUGCUGCAGUGCCAUCCCUAUCCUAUUGAGUAUUCUGACACGUCCAAGCCAUGUUCUCACUGUGCUUUUUUCAUGGGCUUGCAGAGAAAAGAGGGAUUAAGAGGCCAAGGAGGCCAGCAGUUUGACAUACGAGGAACAGUUGAUGAGUUCAGGCAAGAGAUAAACACGUAUGCUUUUUGGAAGCCAGGGAUGGAUAUCCAUGUUUCUCAUGUGCGGAGGAAGCAACUGCCCACCUUUGUUUUUCCUGAUGGACACAAACGGGCAAAGCCAGUCAGGCAUGAAGGGCAGCAAGCUGACCCAGUUUGUGCUGACAUGCUCCAAGAUCAGUCUGGGAUCACUGAGAAAGGGAAAAAAAGGAAAAGUGACCAUGAAGAAACAGAGAUGGAAAAGAAACAAGCCUUUGCCAGUCAACCAGCAGAAGAAUCUCCCAUGCUUGAAACUCAUGGUGGUGGAUCAGAUGGGAAAUUGCCGAGUUUAAAAUCUGCAAAUGCAGAUUGUUACUCUGAGGUUUGGCCAUCUUUUGAACAGCUUGAUAGCAGAAUGGAUACUGAUGGAAAUGGCAUGGAUAUUCCAUCGUUGACCAAGGAGACUGGUCCUACGAUGGAUCAGGCAGAGCUAGCUAAAGUAAUGGAAGGAUCUUCCUCAACGAAGGAGGUGCCUGAUCUAUAUCAAGGCGGUCUUUCGAAAUCCGAGGAAGCUUUACAAAUUGAGAUGAACCAGGAAAAAAUUGAGGGAUUAGCAUCUAAUAUGAGUGGAAGUGCACAGACAGUAGCCAUCAGAAAUUUCCUCCAUUGGACAAAGGAUGUUGUGAGGAUUGACUCUGAGUCAGCAAAUCCAUUUGGUCAAACGACCGGGGAAGAGAGUACCCAAGUUGACUUUCAACCAAAUUGCAAUGCACAUAACCUUAGUUGCAAGGGCAAUGAUAGCAGGACGGAUCCAGAGUUGGCGUUGGAAAAUGGUUCCGUUGUGACUGGAAGAGUGUUUCAAAAUGGUCAACCUAAAGAGUUGGAGGCAAUCUUCUGACUGGUGCACAUGUGGUGGCAGCCGAAGUUCAGCGAUCAGGCAGUCCCAGAAUGGAGCUAAAUAAGACUCUAUGCAAAAUUCUGGUGAAAAAGAGACGGGAGGAUCUGGCAAGAAGCAUCCUUUGAACAGACUGAAUCUGAACCUCAAAGACAUGAACAUGUGGAGGGGAAUUUCUGGAUGGCAGAUGGGUUGGGAGAGCGGGAGCUAGCCAUAUUUAGUAAGUAUCACCUCAAUAACUGGCUUUGAUAUUGAUGUAGAUAGUGUUCAUCAUGCAUGAACCUGCGGACAUGGGGAGGGGUCGCGUGGCUUGGUGGCGUGGCAUACAAUUCAGCUCCAAUAUGCUGUUUGUAGUCCUUGAACAUGGGAAUCCGGAGAAGCAAGCACUGUUGGACCUUAAAUAAAUGCGCUUGUGAGUUAUGCUUUGAAGAUUGUGGUGCAUUUCAUGUUAGAUGCCUGUAACUGGAACUGUCACAGCUUCUUCCCAUGUUUAGAAGACGGCAGCUUCUUUGUGAAAAGGAGGAACUGCUCGUGAGGUCGUUUCUAAGGAGAGAAUCUAAUCUACACUUAUUGAGAGAGACCUUCAGUCUUGCAGAUUAACCAUAUUGAGUUUCAAUUGAACAUUGUGCGGAGAAAGUUUCCAUGUUUUCUUCCAUUUCAUCUC